AUGUCCUCGUUCGCCGCACCGUGCGGUCCUUUCUGCACGGAUCAACUGCACAACCACUCCUACCACUCGCACCGCCUUCACCAUCACCACCAGUCACCGCAGGCGCGAGGUGUGACCGGGCCCAGCACUCCGAAUAAUCAGCGCACGGUUCUGGAGCCCCCCUUCACCCCUCCCGACAGACCAUCCUCGCCACGACACUACUCGACGGCCUCGACGUCCAGGAACACAGCGCAGCCCGCCGAUCUCCUCCUCGACUCUCCUGCCUCUGCGUACAACCAGGCUGAGGUGACACUGCCCAACCUCCGCCCAGAAGAUCCCUUCGCCUACGCACACGAUAUCGGCUGGUCACCCAGUGCUUUCGAAAAUCUCGGCAAUCUACCCACAAGCGAAGACUCCCUCUUUGUCUCGCUGGCCGACCGUAAUUUCCAGCCCUUUGGCUGGGCCUCUGCUCCAGAUCAACAGCGCCUUCCCCCACAAUCUCACGUUGCUUCCACCCUUAACUCAGUGCCCCCUGCACAACUCACCCCAGGCUUACUCACCCCGAGCUUCAACUUGAACAACACGUCGAACCUCAACUCAUCCUCAGCUGCAUCACUCACCGGCCAAUAUUUCGACUCACUCGAAUCGUUCGGCGCCGAACCCGAAGACAACUACCACACAGCUCAGUCCUCGUUUACAUCCGUCGACAUGCCCAGCUCUACCAGACGUCAACAAGCUGCACCCAUAACCAUAGAUGAUUCAUCGCCACCCUCAGCCAAGCGUCGGCGCUUCAGCGGCCCAGGAAGAAACAAUUUGAACCCUGUCCCGACACCAAAAAUCGAGGGUUCGUUUGCUGAGUCCGAGAAUGCGGGGGCCGACAGCUUCGAUGCGGACGACAACGCCCCGUUCAUGAUCGAUCUGACCGAGACCAACAACGAGUUGCCAGACGACCUGAUAGACAUCGCCCCUGUUCCCAAAGAGGAAGACAAGAGGAUUAAGUUGUCUGCUUUCCAAUGCGUGAUCUGUAUGGAUGAUGCUUCCGUCCUGACCCUGACGCACUGCGGUCACAUGUACUGCGCCCAGUGCCUCCAUUCAUCCCUCACUGUAGAAGCAACCAAAGGCAAAUGCCCGAUGUGCAGACAAAAAGUUGAUAUGAGGAGUCGCGAUUCGUACAACAGUAAGGUGAAGGGUUACUGGCCUCUCGAGCUCAAGUUGAUGACCUCAACGCGCAAGGGGAAGCGCAAAGCCGGCAACCUUUCAUAG